AAGAAGAAGAAGAAGAAGAAGUAAAACGAUUCUGCUAUCUGGUAGCUUAGCCCGAAUGUUCCUCCAAAUAUGUGACACAUGUGAGGUUAACCAAAUUGCGGACACACUCUCUACUUUGACUGCCAUGACCUGCAAACCAUGGCGGAAUAUUAUUUUCUGUUGAACAUGGGCAUCUCGGCUGAAAAGGACUAUUGCUGUUUCUGCUGCUCUUGUUGUUAUUGUAGCUAGCGCUAGAGUUAGCUAAUUAGCUAACACUGCUGUCUUCGCUCUCAGCAUAACCGAUGUUGACUCAUUGCUGCGGGGCAGUAAACCGCAAAAACAAGGUAACUCUGGAGCAAGUUGCCGGCAUCAACAACUGACCUUAGCAAUGUUUAUGUUACGCUUCGGAAAUCAUUAGGUAAUUGGCCUUGGUCAAUAUUUUAGGCAGGGUUGCACGAUAUGAAAGCGUUAUUUGACAAGUGGAAUUGAACACCGAAGUUACAGCUGCAUGCUUUAGAAGAACACCUCAUUUAAAAUGAUAUUUCUAGCUAAGGUCAGCUAACACCAACCUAACGCUGCCAGCAGUUAUUGCUGUUUGCAAGUUUUGAGAUGGAGCAGAAGAUAGCAGCAAGUGAGAUGGCUCUCGUUCUUCACAGCACAUCUGCCUGAGUUGUAACGCCCGUGAAAGAGAAAUCAUGUCUUGCAAAGCCGCAACCAAGGACAAGAAGUCGAGCUUCAGCAAGAAGCUGUUCAGGCGAGGCUCUGUGCGCUCUGCUGGCAGCUUUAUGAGCAGAGUCCUGAGGACACUGACAGCGUUAUCACACUUCGGAUCUGAAGUGCAAACAGAAGAUGACAAAGAUGAUGGGGGAUUUUCCACUUUUAAAUCUGGCUGUAAAGAUGUGCCCAUGGAUGAUGGGGACCUCGCCGGUCUUCUGUCCGGAGAGAGAGUUCCUGGAGUGUCAGGUCUCAAAAACCACGGGAAUACCUGCUUCAUGAAUGCAAUUCUGCAGUGUCUCAGUAACACUGAACUCUUUGCUGAGUACCUCGUUUUGGAGCACUACAAAGGCGAGGAGCUGGAUGAGGACAAACCAAAGACCAAUGGUGUACUUCUGCAGAAGAAGGGUCCUCUGGCCAAAGGAGAAGUCACAGAGCAGCUGUCAGGACUUGUGCGGGCUUUAUGGACGUUUGAGUAUACCCCGCAGCAUAGCAGGGAUUUUAAGAAUACUGUGUCGAAGAAUGCCACCCAGUUCAAAGGGAAUGCUCAGCAUGAUGCUCAGGAGUUUCUGCUGUGGCUGCUGGACAGAGUACACGAGGACCUCAACACAGUCAACCCCAACAUCCGGCCUGCUAUAAAGCCACCUAUUGAAGAAGACGAUCAAAGCAUAGAGGGUCCAUCUCCUCCCCUCUCCGCUGGCUCGUUUGUACAAGAACUGUUUCAGGCUCAGUACAGGUCUUCUCUUACAUGCCCACAUUGCCAGAAGCAGAGCAAUACGUUUGAUCCCUUCCUGUGCAUCUCCUUACCGAUCCCACUGCCACACACACGGCCCCUGUAUGUGACCGUGGUCUAUCAGGGGAAGUACUCUCACUGCAUGAGGAUCGGAGUUGCUGUUCCCCUCAACAGCACCGUCUACCGCCUCAGAGAUGCUGUGGCACGUGAGACUAAGAUCCCAAUGGACCAGUUUAUUUUGACUGAAAUGUACUAUGAUGGUUUUCAUCGUUCGUUUUGUGAUGAUGAUGAUGAUCUUGACAUCAUUCAAGAGAGUGAUUCCAUAUUUGCCUUCGAGACACCAGAGACCUUCAAACUGGAAAACAUACGCACAAAAAGAGGAAGUCUUCUGGCAAACUUGAAUCAUAACAACUUGAAGUAUGCGACAGAAAUCAGCAGGACUCCAUCUUUCAUGCAAGGGGCCAUGACUCCUUUAACUGCAUCACCUAAUAAAAACCUGGGACCAGAAAAGAUUAUCCUUCUGGUGUGUAACAGGGCUUGUACCGGCCACCAAGGAAAGAGGUUCGGACUGCCUUUUGUACUGUACAUGGAGUGCACUGUGACCUGGGAUGCUCUACAGAAAGAGAUCCUGGAGAAAAUGCGUCAUCUUUUGAGGCCAGGGGUAUACAUUCAGGUUGGACCUUUCAGUCUUCGGGUGGUUGGCGUCGUUGGUAUCACCUACCUCCUUCCUCAAGAUGAGCGACCACUGUGUCACCCAACUGUGGAAAGAGCAUACAAAUCCUGUGGACAAGGGGGGCCACCACAUGUGAAGAUUGUGGUAGAGUGGGACAAAGAGACCAAGGACUAUCUGUUUGGACACACUGAGGAGGAGUACAUUCCUGAUGCUGAGAGCGUGUAUCUGCACAGGGAACAACAUCAUCAGCCGCAGGCCUGCACUCUUGCUCAGUGCUUUCAGCUCUACACUAAGGAGGAGCAGCUGGCCCCAGACGAUGCCUGGCGCUGUCCCCACUGCAAGCAGCUGCAGCAGGGCCGCAUUAAGCUCAGCCUGUGGACGCUGCCGGAUGUGCUCAUACUGCAUCUCAAGAGGUUCAGACAGGAGGGGGACCGGAGGGUGAAGAUGCAAAACAUGGUGAGGUUCCCGCUGAUGGGCAUGGACAUGGCACCUCAUGUGGUUAAGAGAAGCCAGAGCAGCUGGAGUUUACCUUCUCAUUGGUCGCCAUGGAGACGUCCAUAUGGCCUGGGAAGGAACCCAGAUGACUACCUGUAUGACCUGUAUGCUGUGUGCAACCACCAUGGAAACAUGCAUGGAGGCCACUACACAGCAUACUGUAAGAACUCUAUCGAUGGUCAGUGGUACUGCUUUGAUGACAGCGAGGUUUCACCAGUAGCUGACGAUGACGUGUGUCAGCAGUCGGCCUAUAUACUGUUCUACCAGCGGAGGACAGUUAUUCCCUCCUGGUCAGCCAACAGCUCUGUUGCUGGUUCCACUAGUUCGUCCCUUUGUGACCACUGGAUCAACAGGUUGCCUGGCAGUAGGCCUGCUAGCUUAGCCUCUGGAGCCUCAUCCAGACGCACCUCUCUGGCAUCACUGGCUGAGUCAGUAGAGUUUCCAGUAGAACGUAAUGAAGAUGAUGGAGGAUUCUCUGUGCGCCCUUUUGUGAGGAGCAUUCAGCGUCAAAGCUUGUCCUCCAGGUCGUCCAUGGCUAGCCCUUUAGCCUUCAGCGAAAGUGGGAUAAAGCCUUCUUGGUCUCUCUCUGCAAAUCUGCACAUGAGAUCUAACUCGCCCUCACGUUUCUCCUUCGACUCUCGAUGUUCUCCUCCUCUAGAGAGGAUAGGCGAGGCCUGUGAUGACAAAGUUUCCACGUCCUGUUUUGGCAGCUACAGUAGACAUGAACGCUACUUUGGCAGCAGGACUCCCCUGUCUAUGAUGGAGAGCAAUGUCAGUGACCAGGACAGCAAUAAAAGGUUCCUAGACAUGAUCUACUGCAGGGCUCCCACUCCAGUGGAAAAGAAGAGCACCAAAAAUGAGUCAACUGAAAACAACAACCAGAUUACAGCUAUAGACCAAAACAUUCUACCCGCCCAAGCUACCCCCUCCAAAGAACAGAAACGUAAGAGUAGUAUCGGAGGAUUCGCUUUAAAGGCAGAAAUCACAGGCUCCGCAAAGAGUUCCGGCAAAGUGGAGCAAGAGAAAACGUCCAAAAAACGUUUGUGCUCAACCCAUAAGACCUGCACUGCUGAGACUUCUUCCAGUACACCUGUGAAAGGCAAAAAGGCAAGCAAUACUAAAGAAAAGAGUGUAAAUGCCAAGAAAAGCACCUCAACACCCGGUGGAACUCCCUCCAAAACAAAGGAGGCAACUCAACCCCUAGAUGCCACGCUGCAACGUAAGCCAUUCGUCCGCUCCACACCUCAGUCCUCAGCUUCUCCCUCGCCAACUGCAAAGAAGAAUUCCAAUGUCACUGAGAAAAGCACCACGAGUAGUCGGAAAAGGCUGGUAGAAAGGAGCUACAGCAGAGAUUCUAUGCACACUAGUCCCCUGGUUGACAGUCUCCGCGGCAGCUUGGUAGCGCGCUCUUCACUGUCUAAGAGUGGGGAAAGCAGCCGGCCUGUGAGGAGCUCCAGCAGCAGCUCUUCUGUCACUAGCCUACGCUCACCCAGCGUAUCCACCAGAGACCUGCAGCGCAGCAGCAAAUCUGAGGAAAAAGGGUUGUCUUUCUUCAAAAGUGCCCUCCGACAAAGGGAAAGCCGCCGGUCGGCUGAUUUAGGAAAAAGCACCCUGCUUGCCAAAAAGGCCUCAGAGAGGACAUGCAAGCAGAAUGGACAAGCCAAGGACAUCGGUGGUGAUACUGGAAAGACAGGAGAAGCUGUGUCUUCAAAGACUGAAUCUGUAGAGACUCGUGGAGGUGAGACAAAGUCCGAGACAAAGGAGUCUUCCAAGCCCCCCAGCUCUCUCAGUCGCACUCUAUUAAACGUUGGCAAGUCCAAGUCUUCCACUUCUGAAGUAAGUCUCAAGUCUCCCUCUAACGGGAAGAAGCCUCUUGAAAGGAUGGCAUCUUCCCGAAAGCUGUCCUCAAGCAUGCAAUCUCCUGCACGUACAACAAAGAGGCCUCAAUGAUAUAUCCAUAGCAGUAACAUUGAAUUUACAUAAUGCAGCUAUUUUCUUUGUGCCUAAUCUUCAGUGAGCACCAGACAUAUUUGCAAAGAGACACAUUUUUGAUGUUAUGGUUUUGCACACUGACAUCAGAUACAUACUGUAUUCUGGCUUUGAGGUUUGAAUAUUGGCAGCCAGCCUUGAGUAUUUUUUGCUGUACUGGAUAAAAAGUAAAGUACUGUACAUCAUCUGCAUAUUUGUGUGCCAAACAGUCGCUUGGUAGGCUGGCAGUUCUAGAUUUUAAAGCGGUGUGUAUUGUUACCAGUUACAACUAUUGAGCAUUAGGUAUGGUCUUGAUGCGAGCGUGACAAUCGCUUGACAUAUUAGAUGUUUUCUGGCACGGAAGGUACAUGAGCAGCAUGCAAUAUGCAUUCAGCUGUACAGCAUAACCUGCUUGAUUGUGUGUACUGAAGGCUUAUAUGACAGCUGACAGAAUUCCCUGUUGCAAUCUUGAAAUCCAAUUAACUCUCCUUCAGACAAGAAGCUUGUUAUAUCUUUGAAGCGCUGCAAACAUUACGUUUAGUUUGCUUUUAAAAUAUCCUGCUGAUGAAAUCAUAUUUAAAAUGCAGCAGCUUGUGCAUUAGAAGAAAGUAAUCACGUAUGAAGCAUUUUCACCUUGUAUGCACCUACACUGCAUAAUCUGUAUUGAAGAAUAACAUUCUUUAGAUUAAGAUGGAAAUAAGAUGACUUUUGAUGCAUUAACCUCACUGCUGUUGUAUAAGCAUUUAAUCCUCAACAGUAGUGAGAACAGAACCGUAACAUCAAAAAAAAAUCUCUGGACAAACACUGAAAUGGAGUUGAUACGCACACCUAUACGCACACACAUACAAAAGAGUUUCAUUCCGAAAUAAUAGUGGCUAAGCGUUCGCAGUAGUUCUCCUUGAUUGUUUUUAGCCGAUCAAUCAGAUCAGAUGAUUUUAAACCCCCUCCCCCCCCCGAUUAUGAACAUUACAAUCAUAUACCUACAGAGGUGAUGGCAGGCCCUGGACCAAAACGGAGAAGGAUUUGAGAUGAGAAGGGAUUUGAAUCGAUACACACAUUGAGACAAGUUGUCAAUAUUUUAAAAGUUUAUUUUAGUUUAAUACUAGUACUUUUUUGAUAGAAAUAUAUUUUAUCAAAUGCAUAUGGAAGUUGUGUUUUGGAAUGAAAUCCCUUUUAAAAUGAAAGAAAAUAAAUACACACCCACAUUUAUGUGUCCGUAGAGAUAUUGAAAAAGUAUAUAGUAUAUAACCCAUUUUUUUCCUUUCCAUGAGCAACGUGAAAAUGAUCUAAAGCGCCUUUCAAUAGUGUACAUGGAAACAAAUAUUUGCCUUUGGCAACAUAGUAGUCUACUACUGUAUGCAUCACUGAGUAGGAAUGUUGUAUUGCUCGCACUUUGUAUAGAUAAGUAGUUUUCUUUUACCCAGAACAGUCAUAUAUACACACACACACACACACACACACACACACACACACACACACACACACACACACACACACACACACACACACACACACACACACACACACACACAAUGUACCAAUGUAAUUAUCUCAUUUUUAAUAUGUUGUCAUGAUUUUAAGACAUAUCAUAAAGUAGUGUCAACAGGCCUUAGACUUCAAAUGGUAAAAGGGUACAUUCAUUUCAAUGUUUCAGGGGUCAUUUUAAAGAAAUCACCUCUUUACUACACCUGGUGCUGAAACAGACCGAUGGUCCUCUGACACUGAUAUUUCUUAAAUGAGCAUAUUUUCAAUUGCUGAUGUUCAGAACUGUGACCACACACUUCAGUGAGCCAGAAACCUGUUUGCAGCAGUUAUCGUGACUGCGGUACCUCAUUGCAGAAGACAAUGUAAUUUUUCUUUCUUCAUCAGGCUGAAACAGAAUAUUGAUUAGUGAACCAAUUAAUAAAUUAUAGAACUCCAUUUAUACCGUCUCAGAGCAAAUGUGCAUGUGUAGGGUGAGUUUUCUCAACUAUCAGACACUGCCUGGUAUAUUUCUUUUGCAGUACAAUGAGGCAGAGGCAGGAUAUUGGUACUGCAGCUGUCAUGAUGUUUUCUCGGCCUCUAUUUGAACAAUCAGCAUUAUCAGUGAAUUACCCCACAUGCUGUUGCAAUACUCAAAUUAGAUACCAGCGUUAGUGUGUUUUUAAUGAUUGAAUGUGUUUAUGCCAUUAAACUCCAACCAUUAGUAAGUUUAUACUUUAAACAUAAUCUGACUUAUAGAUCUAUUGUAUUUCACUUAACUGUUUCUCUGUAGCAUCUACCAAGUUUACAUUGGUUCUCAGAUGGUUUCAUAAGAAAUACCACUCAAUUUAAACAUGCAUGUAUGUUAUUUAAAUGGCCUGUGCAUGGUUUGAGCAAAUGAGCAGCCUUAAUGGGCUUGGCUUAGAAUUUGUGAAGUUGUUUUGGGUCAGAGAGGCUUUGUAUGAUGUAAAAAGUAGAAAUACUAUAGUUUUAUUUAACCAGACAUUAUUAUUUGUAUGUUUCAAAAUCAAAGAUUCACAACAAGCUGUUCACCAGGGCACUUUUGGCAGGUAAAAGUGAUAUUUACAGUGACACUAAUUCUACCCAGCAAUGUUUUAUUUUUAUUUACCAGCGAUUUGUUGAGAAUAAUAAUUGGGCCACAGAAAUAACAAAACCCACAGCAUGACUGAACAUAGUGUCCUUAGCUGUUAAUAUGGAGUAGUGGGAAGUUGAUGUGCUGCAGAUCUGUGAUAUUGCUGUCUGUGUAUUUAUCACUCUCAAUAGCUGGCCAGCAGCCUAGUCUCCCAAAACCUCGUGGGACCCUUUUGAUGUCCUAUCAUUAUAAAAAAUAUACUGUGUUCAAACUAUCAUGGACUAUAGAAAUAACCUACUGCUGUUUAAAUGUGGUGGUAUUCCUGUAGCUGCUCUUUUCUAAUUAACGUUAGAAUCCAUCAGGAACCUGUGCAUGGCACUUUGGAUCAAAGCAGGACAUUUUCAUUUUGGCUUUCACCAUCUUGUUUGCCUGUUUAAAAGUCUGUAAUUAAGUUGUAAUGGCUUGUGUGCGUUUUGGAGCUGGAUCAUGCCAUAACACAUACUUGUUUGUCUAUUUCUCCACUCGCUAAAUAAGUAGUUUAUUGGAUUAUGAAGCCAUUCAUGUAGCCAAGACCCAGUGCAUUAUAGGACUUUUGACCUUUUUAUUUGAGUUUUUUUUGGACGUUGUAAACAAGGAUCAGUAGACAAUGUCUGGGAUACUGUAUAUUGCUUAUAAUAUUUAAAUAGGGUUCCAACCAAACGUUUUAUGACUCUAUAGAAGAGUAAUGUUUCUGUACAGAACUUAAAGCUGAACAUAACUCUGAAAGCUGCAGCCUGUUCCCUUGUUUUCCAACCAUUCUUCAUCCAUAAAGAUUGUAUUUAUAGCCACCACAUUGCCUACAUUUGUGUUUACAACAUGUACGAUUAGAUGAGAUAUGAUGGUUCAUGCAGUAAACUCAUUCAGUAGCAACUUGGUUGUGUUGUACUGUCUAAAUUCAGUAGUAUGUUGCAGAACUGUUAUAAAAAAUCUUAAUGUAUGAUUUGAAUGUCAACCGUAUCACCUUGGUCCUGUAUUAUGUUACAGGAACCUUCUGACAAACAUGAAACCUUUUUAUAAGUUGUUUCCAGUCAUAAAAUAACAAACCCAAAAUUAUUUUUUUAUGCCCUGGUGGUAGAGCAAUAAUCCAAUAAUCAUCUCAUUCACAUAAGGAAGCUGAGGUUUAAAUGACCAAAAAGGCAACAUGUUUGACCUUUUAAGAGCUCAAAGUUCAAUUAAAGACCAGACGAGUAUUUUACUCUAUACGAGAAAUAUAUAUAUAUAUAUAUAUAUAUAUAUAUAUAUAUAUAUAUAUAUAUAUAUCUAUCUCUAUCCCCAAUUAAUCCAAAUACAUACCUGUUAAAAAAAGAUUUCAAAAAUCAAUGUAUAAUGUACGAGAAAAUGAAUCCUCUUUACAGAAUGGAUUUUUCCUCUCUAGCUUUCUUCACUGCAGUUAGUCUGUUUGUUUUUAUUUGUUGUCAGUGUACAGAAUUGAGAAUAAUUAAGGAAUGCAGUAUUGCAUGAAAACGCUAAUGCAUGUAUUUCAUUAACUAUGCAAGAGUCUGCAGCUGUGUAAAAUAGAGAGCAGAGCAUGGCUGGUAUAUUCCAUUGCUUUAUUUGCACACCAUUCCAAUAUUUAGAAAUGGUAAAUUACAGACUAUUUCAUCUGUACAGUUAUAAGGAUUCAACUUAAAAGUAUCUGAUUUAUUUUUAGCAUUCUACCAUUUAAUGUUUAUACAUUUUAAAUAUUUUCUCAGUAUUUUAUUUUGUAAUUCUGCUGAUCUGUGCUCUCUGGGUGCUCUUACCAAACUGGUAGGUUAUGACCUUUUUUUUCAUUUUUUUUCUUUUCACAAGAUGUUUAAUAUUAACUGUUGUACACCAGCAGAGACAACACUAUGGAUGCGAUAAUCUCUGUGAUUACUAAAUAGCCUCAUGUAUGUAUGUAUGUGUUGUGAAAGUCUUCCAUUGAUUCAGUGAUAACAGUUUGUGAACCCCUGUUGAAAUGUUCUCCGCUGCAUCAGAGAUGUGGCCAGUCUCUAAUAUAAAGGCAACUCAAAUAAAUAUAAUAUAUAUAGCUAAAUGCAAAAAGAAAGAUAGUAAAUUUGUAGUUUUAUAUUACAGUAUGAACAAAGACAUUAAAAUGUAAAUUCAGUUAAUACUUUUGUAGUAUUUAUGCAACGUCAAUCAUUGCAAUCAUGGAUGUGAUUUCUAUUGUUUUUGUAUUCGAAAAACAGGAACAGGAAGUUUAAUAGCAAACAAAUGACAACUUCCAAACAUGCUUCAAAGCAACGCCACUAUUUUUUUGUUCCUGAUAACUGGCGGAUAUGAAACAUAAAGCACUCUAGUUGUUAAAAUGCAUGUAGCAAAAGUUGAUUAAGAUUAGAGACUCCAGCAUUGAGUUAUUGUUGUGACACAGCUGUUUAGUUUUGAAAAUGUUUCCUUUUUUUUAAGGUGAAACCAUUGAUUAAUGACAUUAUCUGCAACAUUGUUGUGUGAGCAUUUUACCACUGAAUCAAAGUUGCAACAACCACUGGAAGUGAAAUACCCAAAUACUACAUUUGAGCCACAGACUUCAGAUUCUGCAAAUACUGUAGUACUACAGCAAUACAGGGCCGUGUGUUGUCCUUAAUAAUAAAGGACUCAAAAUAAGUAACUUACUUUGUGAGUUUGGGGUAAAAUUGUUUUUGGAUUUUAUUUUUGAGCAGAUAUAUGAGGCUUUUUUUUCAGAUGUAAACACUACAAAUAUAAUACUGAAACUUUUCAGAAGCCUUAAGCAAAACAAAUUGUAAUGGAUAGUUUGUAUUUUUUUUGGACGAAACCAAUGAGCUGUGUAAUGAAUGAAUGUCAUGAAUCUCAUUUUAAUGUUUUUAAGCUAACAAAGAACACUAUAGUGCUAAAUGCAUAGCACGUUUCCCCUUGCUUUUUGACUUUUAUGUUGUCUAAUGUGUCAAUCAUAAAGCAUUUUGUAAAAUACAGUGCAUUGCAUUUGUGGAGAUUUUUCCACUUAGUUUUUUUUUUUUUUUUUUUUUACUGUAUUUCUUGUUUUACCAAGUUCAUGAGGCUCUUUGUUCUGUUUUGAGGGCCUCUGUUCCACCAUUUGCCUCUUCACUUUUCCUUAUUUUAUUUUUUGUAAGAGUUUUAAGUGUUUUGACAUCCAGUAGUUCAUUAGACUGUGUCAAAGUCUUCUAUGUUAAUUUAUUUCUCUUUUGUUAUCAUAUAUGCACUUUCAAUAACUUUUUUUAUUAUUAUUUCUCCAAAAGGACAAAUGUGUAUAUACUUUGUUGGUUUACCCAUGCAAGUACAAAAUGAAAAAUCCUAUUAAAAAUGAUAAAGUUC